UGCUGACUCAAUAAUAUAUCUCCCCUCCCUUUGCAUAAAUGGUUUAAAUAGCUGUUGGGUUGGUGUGAGGUACAGAAGCCCAGCUCUUCUUGGACAAUAAUGGGGGUCCAAGGGAAGCUUGGGUCUUUGCUCUGGCUCUUGCUUGGAGGGGCUUUAGGUUCUGUGUAUGGAAACCCACUGGAGAAAACUGUGCUUGUCGGUAUUCAAAACAGCCAUUUUCUGAAUGGAAUAAAUGUACAAGAAAUUUUGAAUUAUCAAACAGAGAGCAAUGCGAAACCUUAUCCAAAAAGCUGCAGUGCCAUAAAGAGUGGUCAAAGUGGUCUAUAUGUGGUCGAGCCUGUGGCGGGGAAGCAAUUAGUAGUCCGCUGUGAACUAACUGCAGCAGAAGGGGGAUGGACAGUCAUACAGAAGAACUGUCGAAAGAACCCAAAGCAAUGGGAAGCUUCCUGGGAGAGCUAUAAGAGGGGGUUUGGAGACCCACGAAGUGACUAUUGGUUGGGUAAUGAGCAUAUUCAUCUUUUGACCAUGCAACAGUUGCAUCGUAUACAAUUUAAAAUGCGCACAUCGUUUCAAACAGUGCAUACUGCCCACUAUGACUCAUUCUCCCUCGAAGGGGAGCAGAGUUGUUAUCGGAUUCGGCUUGGUCGCUACUCAGGAAAUGCUGGGGAUGCUAUGACUUCUGGAGAACCUAAUGCGGGACAUGAUAACAUGAGAUUUUCAACCUAUGACAGGGACAAUGAUUUGUCUGGGGUGAACUGUGCAUCUGUUGGAGGGGGUGGUUGGUGGUACGACAAUUGUAGGUUUGCUAAUCUUAACUCUGGUACUGGCAUUUACUGGCACCAGUUAUGUCGAGGGGACUGUUAUUCCAGUGAGAUCCUUAUACAGCCAGUGUAUAAUUGCCCAGAAGAUGGGGGAGGUGAUGGGGGAGAUGGGGGAGGUGAUGGGGGAGACGGAGGAGGUGAUGGGGGAGACGGUGGAGGAGGUGAUGGAGGAGAUGGUGGAGAUGGUGGAGGAGGUGAUGGCGGAGACGGUGGAGGAGGUGAUGGUGGAGGAGGUGAUGGUGGUGAUGGGGGAGACGGAGGAGGUGGUGAUGGCGGAGACGGAGGAGGUGGUGAUGGCGGAGACGGAGGUGGUGGUGAUGGCGGAGACGGAGGAGGUGGUGAUGGCGGAGACGGAGGAGGUGGUGAUGGCGGAGAUGGAGGAGGCGGUGAUGGAGGAGGAGGUGGUGGAGGGAAUGUAGACCCAACACCUAAUCCUUGUGAAGACAAUAAAUAAAUUAACACAUUGUUUCUUAUUACAUGUAUAUUUUUUUUUUCACAUGAUUCCAAUAAGCUCCUGGAUUGGUAGUGUUUGAAGAAUCUUCACGCCUACCCCUGCCCUUUUUAUUGUGUUGCACAAUUUAUUGUAAACUGAGCUUUCUUUUCUGGUUUGGUCCCUCUUAUUGAAGCCAGUACCAUUUUAAUGUUAUCUCAGAGUGAUUCUAUGACUUUAUACACUAGAAACCCAAUCUGUAUAUUUUUAGCGAUCCAGACACACUCUAUACUAAUAGAAUAAAUGAUGAGUUUGUUUUCACACCA